AUGGACACCUUAAUUAGGAAGCUACGUGAGAUCUUUGAAGAUGACGAGAUUGACAUAGAUGAAGUCAGAUUGUUGUUGGAAUCAUACUCGAGUUGUAAGGCCGACUGGAAGAAAUACGCUCACUUCGAUCCCCACAAGUAAGUUUUCUUUGAUACAGUUUAGCAAAAUCAAUGUAAUUUUGAAAUUUGUAAAAAAUGAUUUGAAGUUUUUAAAAAAGUUAAAAAUUGAGUUCAUUUCAACGUGUUUAUAUUAAUCUUUUAGGUACACCAGAAACCUUGUAGACAGGGGAAACGGAAAGUACAACCUCAUGAUCCUUUGUUGGGCUCCUGGUUUGGGCAGCAAGUAAGUUUGCCGUAGCAAUAAUUUGUGAGCCUAUUCUAUUUGCUUUUUUACCUUCAAUUCUCAUUUUUCAAAAAUUAAUUAUAAUGAGUCAUCUUACAGUAUCCACGAUCACACAAACUCUCAUUGUUUUGUAAAGGUUUUGGACGGAACGUUGAGAGAAUCACGUUUUGCGUGGCCAGAAACAGAAGACACCGUGCCUAUGAAGCAGAUCUCACAAACCGAUGCUCUCACCAAUGACGUCACGUAUAUGAGUGGUGAGUUAUAUGUCUAGGAAACCGGUUAUUAAGUUAGCGACAAGUGACUUUUGAUCAGUCAAAGACAAUUCGAGCCUAUUAAAACUUGAUGGCUAGAGUAAACAACGCUAGACCUCUAACGUGACAAAACACAAAACCUAAAUAAAGUUAGACUAACAUGAUUUAGUACGAUCAAUCAGUAUAUUAUUGAGACAUGUAUUACAAAGCUAACAUAAAAUAAAAAUACCUAUCUUUACCACAACGAAUUCAGAUGAACUCGGCCUCCACCGUAUGGAGAAUCCUUCUCACGUUGAGAACGCCGUCUCUCUCCACCUUUACAUUCCACCGUACCAAGACUGUCAGAUAUUCGAUCAGCGUACUGGAGUCAAACAAACGUGUACUGUGACGUUCUACACGAAGUACGGUAGAAAAGUCGACUACCGUGGAUCAAAAGAAGGCAAACUGAAGCACGUUGACACUUCUGGACCCUCAAUUUGUGGAUCCAGCCAUCACAGUGCUAGUGGGUAA